CGGAGCGGGGCAGCUUGGGACGAGGCUUCCCUGCAGCCGGUGCCUUUGUGUGCCGAGGGCUCCUUCGGUAGAGAUCCGGCCCUGCACGUUGGCCGUCUUCCUUUCCGACUCCUGCGCGACCUGCUGUUACAGCGAACGAGCCACUCUGAGCCCUGCCCCCACGAGGAUCCAGAAGCAGAAGGCAGCUCUGGCAGCUCUGUAAAGGAGUGAGAUCCUUUCAGUCAUGAAGCAUAUGUUGAACCUCUACUUCUUGGGUGUGGUGCUGACCCUGCUUUCCAUCUUCUUUGGACUGGUGGAGUCACUGGAGGCCUUACUGGAUGGUCCCUCACCUGGGAGCUCCUGGACCACCAGAGGUCAACUGGCCAGCCCAGAGCCCCGCAAAGGCCUUCCAGACCAUCCAUCUCAGCCCAGGGGGUUGCAGUAAGCCCUCCCACCACCCACCAUAACCUUGGAAGAACACUAGUCUAAAUUCAUCCCACCAGGUGUCCCAGUUCCUAGGAGGCAAGCUCAGAGUAUCAGUGUUAUUAGAGAACUGACUGUGACUAGCACCUUGAAUGACCUCUCUGUCUGGAUGUUCCUUGCCCUGGAAAAGAGUCGUUUGAUCCACAGAUCUGAGUGGUUACCUGUGGCUGUGGAGUGGAGUGAUCUCAGUCUUCUCCCCAGGGUCUGCUGUAUGUUUUGCUGUCCUGGGCAGUGUGAUUCCGCCUUCUCUCACAGAGGGUGUGUGCUGCAACUUCAGCUGUUGGGAGAUGGUGAUGUUUUCCCCCUACUCUCAAACAUCGUCCAGGAGCUGCCUUUGGACUUGAGUGUCUUGUGGUCAGUUGAUUUGGUGUUGGGCCUCUCUUCCAUGAGGACUUCUCUGGGUUUAGAUGACAGCUGGAGGGGUAUGUGGGUCAGCUAUGAAGACAGGGAGAUGGAGCAUUCUCAUGGUUUACAUUUUAAGUCCUUCUUCCAACAUAGUGUGUAUGUGUGUGUAUUGGUCUGAAGGGGGUGGUAGGGUGACACAAAGCCUGCAGAAGACAUGGGCGUAAUGGCCACCAUGUGGCUUAAAUGAAUUUUCUAAUGCAGUAAAGCUGAACAUGUUUUCACCCUGUGUCAUGUUGACUUCUGUCCUUGAAAUUAGUGGUAGGGAAUGAGCUUCAUUCCUAGAUAUGAGUUUUAACAUCUUAAAACUUUUAAACAGGAAAGAGCUUACAACACUUUGUUUAAAAAACAUAAAGUCAAUAAACCUCUGGAUUUAGGGGCAGGGGCAGUUAGGGCUGUUCUGUGUCAACCAGUGUCUGAGCCUAGACCAGGAUGAUUACAGUCCUCUCAUGACCCUGUCCAUCUCUAAAGAAGGAAAUGAUCAUCUCAUCCAGCCCAAUCUCUGGGGGAAAGGAUUGUCUAUCCGGUAGGCCCUUGCCUUUUCUUCUCACUUUUAAAUGCCUUUUAAUUACCCACCUGACUGACUGCUUGAUUCUGGUUAUUCUCAACGUCAACUGGUAAAAUGUCCAUACAUCACAUGAUUAUUUCUGCUCUCUCCCUCAGAUCUAAGCAGUUUGGCCUUUACUCAAAAAUGAGCCUUUUUAGACCAAGCUUAAUGGUCUGACUGAGACUGGAGGGACCCUGACUGUCAUGGCCCCCGGAACCUUUGUUAGCCUAAGAUUGGAACCAUUCCCGAAGUCAACUCUACAGACAGAAAUUGGACUGGACUAUAAGAUAGACAAUGACACUGGUGAGUGAGUUUCUUGCCUCAAGUAGACGCAUAAGACUGUGGGCAGCUUCUGUCUAGAGGCGAGAUGAGAAGGCAGAGGGGGACAGGAGCGGGCUGAAUGGACACAGGGAAUACAGCGUAGAGAGGAGGAAUGUGCUGUCUCAUUGGGGGAGAGCAGGUAGGAGUACAUAGCAAGGUGUGUAUAACUUUUUGUAUGAUAGAUGAUUUGUAAACUUUCACCUAAAGCACAAAAAAUUUUUGAAAAAUGAACUUUUUGUUUCCUUGUAUCUGCCACUCCUCCAUUCCCUACCCAAGCAAACAAAUUUACUCCUCUGCUUGUACUAAAACGUAUCUGCACUCUUCUCUUGGUGUGUGUGUCAUUUUAUGUAUGAUGAGUUUGAUUUGCUUUUGCUGGAGGGUAAGAAUGGAACAUAGUGUCCUCUUCUUCCACAAGUAUUACUGCUAAACCAGUUUUGCUUCCAGUGUAUGUUUUUAAAGUUAGGUGCCACUAUCCUAGAACUCAGUGGCUCGGGCAUCACUUUUAUUUAUUCCACACCCUAGUAGUCAUUAAUACUGUUUACCAGGUGUCAUGGAUUGAGUUGUGUCCCCCAAAAAUAUCUAUCAGCCUGGCUAGGCCAUGAUUCCCAGUAUUGUGUGCUUGUCCACCAUUUUGUCAUCUGAUGGGAUUUUCCUAUGUGUUGUAAAUCCUACCCCUAUGAUGUUAAUGAGGCAGGAUUAGAGGCAGUUAUGUUAAUGAGACAUGACUCAAAUCUACAAGACUAGGUUGUGUCUUAAAUCAAUCUCUUGAGAUAAAAGACCUGAGCAGAAAGACAGGGGGACCUCAUACCACCAAAAAAAACUGCUGGGAACAGAGCGUGUCCUUUGGACCCAGGGUCCCUGUGCUGAGAAACUCCUAGACGAGGGGUAGAUUAAUGACAAAGACCUUGUCCUGGAGCAGACAGAGAAACCUUCCCUUGGAGCUGGCACCCUGAAUUUGGACUUCUAGCCUCCUAGACUGUGAGAGAAUAAGUUUGUUCGUUAAAGCCAUCCACUUGUGGUAUUUCUGUUAUAGCAGCACUAGAUGACUAAGACAGAAUUUGGUACUGGAAAAGUGGGAUGCUGCUCUGACAAAAAAAAACAACAACAACAACAACCCACUGCCUUUGAGCCAAGUCAGUUCCAACUCAUAGCUACCUUAUAGGAUAGGGUAGAACUGCCCCAUGGAGUUUCCAAGGAGCGCCUGGUGGAUUCAAACUGCCAACCUUUUGGUUAGCAGCUGUGGCACUUAACCACUAUGCCACCAGUGUUUCUGCUGCUCUGACAGAUACCUAAAAUGUGGAAGCUGUUUUGAAACUGAAUGGAUAGAAGCUGGAAAAGUUUUAAAGUACCUAAUUGUAAAAGCCUAGAUUGCCUUGAAGAGACUUUUGGUAGAAUUAUGGAUAUCAAAGACAAUUCUGGUGAGAACUCAGAAGGAAAUGAGGACAGCUGUUACACUGGAGAUGGCACAGAUGGCAAGAACCAAACAAAACCUGGAGACCAGCGCAAGACAGUGCUAGAGCUGACCCACGGAGAGAGAGAUGGGUGCCUUUGGCAGGAGACCUCCUGGUGGAGUGGGGUAACUUCAGGCACUUACUGGUGGAGCUAGGCUUGCUGACCCACAGAGCAAGAGAGCUGAGGGCCUUCCAGCCAAGGUUUACUGGCGGAGUGUGGUGCCUCCAGGUGCUUAUCAGUGGAGCUACAGAGCUUUGGAACACUUGCUCCAGCAGGGCAGAUGUGGGCUCUAAGUCCUGAGGGGCUGAGAGGCCACGGAACCAGGAAGCAGAAACUGAAGAGACAAGGAACACAGGAAGCAGAGCUGCCUCAGUCUCAGAAGGCAGGGCCACAACAUCUGGGGUCUCAAAGGCUGGAUCCAUAGCCUCUGGGGCCACCCAAAUUCAAGGGAGCAGAGUUGCCAUUCCAGUGGGCCGGGAAGACAGAGCUAAAGCCCAGGGCUAAGAGGCCUCCACCUAGAAUCCAGAGAGUGGCAAACACCCAGAGUCUGUAGGGCAGGGCCAUUGCCUAAAUGGUCUCAGAGAACAGAGGAUUAUUUUCAAGGCUUGAGAGGUAAUGUAAUCUGUUCUGAUGACUUACUUGUUGCCUGUUACCCCUUUUUUCCCUCCAAUUUCUCCCAUUUGUAAUGGAAAUGUCUAGCUUGUGCCUGUUCCACAUUUGUACUUUGAAAGCAGAUUACUUGUAUUCAGGAUUUCAAAGAUGAAGAAUUUUUUUGGAUAUUGGACUUGGAGUUGAUUUAAGACUGGCUAUAUAUGAUGGAGUAAAUAUGUUUUACAUGUGGCAAGGACAUGAAUUUUGGGGGGCAAGGGGUGGAAUGUCAUGGAUUGAAUUGUGUCCCCUCAAAAUGUAUGUCAACUUGGCUAGGCCAUGAUUUCCAGUAUUGUAUGAUUGUCCACCAUUCUGUCAUCUGAUAUGAUUUUCCUAUGUGUUGUAAAUCCUACCUCUAAAAUGUUAAUGAGGCAGGAUUAGAGGUAGUUAUGUUAAUGAGCCAGGACUCAAUCUAUAAGAUUAGGUUGUGUCUUAAGUCCUCUUUUCAGAUAUAAAAGAGAGAAGUGAGCAGAAAGAUGGGGGACCUCAUUACCACCAAGAAAGGAGAGCCAGGAGAAUAGCUCAUUCUUUGGGUCUGGGGUCCCUGCACUGAGAAGCUCCUAGACCAGGGGAAGAUUGAUGACAAGGACCUUGCCCCAGCACUGACAGAGACAGAAAGCUGGAACCAUGAAUUUGGACUUCUAGCUUCCUAAACUAUGAGAGAAUAGAUUUCUCUUUGUUAAAGCCAUCCACUUUUGGUAUUUCUGUUGUAGCAGCACUAGAUAACCAAGAAACCAGGUAUUUCAAGCUUCCCAUGUUUUGUACCUAGGGACCAAUUAAUACAUAACCUUAUUUUACAUGGGUUU